UUUUUUUUGCGUAUAUAAAGGGCUUUUUAUUUUUAAAUAUUUUUAUUUUUAUUUCUUAAUUAUCAAUCAAUUUCCUUUUACAAAAUGUAUCAAGACUUUUCUUAUUUAGAGCCAGUUCAUAACAUGCCUCUUACAAAAGAAUCUGAUUUCACUUACUUUGAUCAUUCGUUUAACCCAUUAUACCAACAACAGCAAGAUAAUUUACUACUGGCAAGUAGUUUUUAUCCUGCAGAAACCGUCUUUCAUGACUACUCUGGACAAUUCAUGGACAAAAACGUGGUCUCGUCUUCUUGUUACUUUUCUUCCCCGUCAGUCACGUAUGAAUCCUCUUGUUCUUCAUCACCUUCUCUUGAUUUUUAUCCUAUUUUGUCAAUCACUUCGUCCGAAACUACACCAUUACUUACUAAUGCGUUAGUACUACCACCAUCGCAAUCACCUGAACCAUGCAACAACCGAUCAGUCAAACAAAAAAAGUCCUGCAAACGAUUGAACGAUUUAGAUCAUAAGCCUUUUGUUUGUCAUUUGUGCUCUCGAUGCUUUGCAAGAAAGCAUGAUCUUCAACGACACAUUAGAGUUCACACAGGAGCCAAACCAUACUCUUGUUUAAGUUGCUCAAAAGCAUUUGCCAGAACAGAUGCAUUGAAACGUCACCUACGUAUGGAAGAUUCUUGUCGAUUGAGUCCGGUCAUUCAAGCCUUGAAGAACUCUGGAAGUAGACGUUAUCGUAAUCUUUAGUUGUUUUACUCUAUAUCACCCUUUCCAUUCAUUCGUUACUCUUUCUCCCUCCCCCUUUUUUUAUUCUCUCACUCUUUCUCUCUUAAAACCAUGCUUUUUUUUGAUAGUUGUACAAAAAAAGCUUAUUAUUAUGAUUUUCUUCUCCCCCACAAACCCCCCAAAAGAUUUAGAAUUUAUAUAUAUAUAUAUGGACAGUUGUGAUAACAUGCUACGUUUUUUUUUUCUAUUUUAUUUUUU